AUGUUCUCCAGGCCUUUCAGGAAACACGGAGUUGUUCCUUUGGCCACAUACACGCGGAUCUACAAAAAGAGUGACGUAGACAUCAAGGGAAUGGGCACUGUUCAAAGACGAAUGUGCUGUAAGUGUUACCACAGCAAAAGCGGGGGAGUCUGCAAUGUCACCCAGCAUGCCAUGACCAUCAUUGUGAACAAGCAGGUUAAGAACAAGAUCAUCACCAAGAGAAUCAAUGUGUGCAUGGAGCACAUGAAGUACCCUAAGAGCAGGGCCAGCUUCCUGAAGCGCGUGAAGGAGGACAACCAGAAGAAGGAGGAGGCCAAAGAGAAGGGAACAGCGCCAGCCUGCGCCCCCCAGAGACACUUUGUGAGGUAA